CUUAUUGUGCUGCAUCUGGGUCUAUCCGUGCUAGCUUCUCCUCUACUUGAUCUUUGUUUUCAUCCCGCUUCGUAAUGAAGAUAAUGUGUGCUCCAAAAUCCGUUAUCACAGGGCCGAUGAUAUUUCCUGCAGGUGGAGCAAGGCUCGCAUCAUCAGGGAAAAGGGCUUGGUCAAAUUCCUUCACCAUUUUACCUUUACCAAACAUCCCCAAAUCGCCACCUUGGUCCUUUGAAGGGCAUUGGGACUCUCUCCUUGCAAGAUCGGCAAAUACCUGCGGAAGUGGCUCGUCUCCUUCACCCGCACGGGCCUGGAUUUCUCCCAGCAAAUCCAUUAUCGAACCCAAAACCUUAUCCGAAUCGUCACCCUUUAUCAGAAUAUGAGAGGCUCUGACACGUUGAUCCUGAGUUUUGAAAUCUUGAUUGGUAAAUGCCUUUGAUAUCCCAUUGGAGAUUCCGUCGAAGAGUCCCAUUGAUAAAGGAAGAAUACUGUGCGCUGUCGAACGAUAAUAGUGGUUAGGACCAAACGCGACCAGUAGGUGCGGGUGAGCUAUUAGAACCAAAACUAUGAACAGAACGGAUUUCUUUUCAAAUGACAGCAUGAGAGAUGAUUUUUGUUGAAUCGAAUGUAGUGAGAUAAAUCUUUUUACUCAACUAAUUGAAGCAAAGUAACGUAUGGUACCGAUUCCGGUACCGAUAGAUUGAGCUGAAGGGAGGAUAUGACUACAAAAUUGUCAUUUUCGAUCUAGAUUCUUCGGAAAUUACGUACGGUACGUACGUACGUACUCUUUCUGUGCCGAACAUUCAAGUCGUUCUUGCAAAGUAUUAGUAUGUUCUAUGAUACUGUACGGCACGUACGGUAGUACUGUGAACAUCUUCUAGUACCGUCGCAACAUACGGUACAUUUUGUGACCUUAACACACUACUUUGUAUGGUACGUACCUCGUACUCGAAAACUCUGGUUGAAUGAAAAUAAAGAACUUAAAUUGACACCACUAAUUAAGACUUCAAUGAUCGCGCUUCAAAUCUUUGAUGACGCAACACACCGUAAGAGUACAUCAGCACGUAACGACGUGAGCUUAGCUCCAAGUACGUCUGAAAAGACUGUUUCUACAUCUAACAUGAUUUACAGAAAAAGUAUGUAUUUGGACAUGUGUUUGACGUCACAAUUUUUGUACUUAUGACAAAAAGAGCCGAAGUCAUCAUAAUACUAAGUUCGACGGAAGUUCCUCAUAAGUUUACUCCAAGAAUGAGCUGGUAGAAUUCAUAUCUUUGAAAAUACCACGAUAGCACGCGAGAAGAACUUUUGAUUGAAGAGGGAGCUUUUUCCAAGCUUACGAGUAUGCUACCGGAGUUAAUCGUACAACAGAGGUUAUGAUGCUCUGUAUGUAGCGGUAUGAGACGAAUACAUUUUUCUUGUUCAUUCUUCGUAGUGCAGUUGCAACAUUCUUCCUUUCCUCGUACUGUUGUGUUCUUCUGUGCUCGUCAAGUACGAGCGUAGUGUAAAGUAUCGUUUUCAAUACAAAAAUUAUGUGCAAUUCAAGUUGCAAGUCAACUUCAAAAAAGAACACUGCUACUACCCAUGCAGUUCAACCGAUCAUGGUUCCUAACAAAUUACAAACUGGAUGCAGUGGAGAAGAGAACUCAACCCCCUCCGACGGUCGACAGGCUGAUUGUGGUGCGUUGCCCCUUCCCGACGACCUGUAUCAACACACCAUAGCGCCAAGAGAACAAGCUUUGCAAAACCGUGAAGUAUGCGACCCUGUCUCGUCGUGUUGCCCUGUGCAAUCGCUCUCUGAUUGUAUGAAAAAGAAAGCAAAGUCUUCAAACAUGUCUUCUUCACGUUCGGAUAAUGGUCGAUGUGCUAUCAGCGAUUCUAACCAAUAUCUGUCAAGGCUGCAGAGAAUGAUUGCUAUUGAACGAAACGACCAACUGACUGCAAAUGAUCACAGAGCUUUACAAGGCACCAAGAAUUGCUUUCACAACCAUAUUUGGAGAGAGCGUGUGGCACAAUGGUGCUACGAUGUUGUGGACUAUCUAGAAGAAUCGCGGCACGUUGCCUCGGUGGCCAUGAAUAUUGUGGAUCGAUAUAUUGCCGUUCUUUCGGAGGACGGUUCAUCGUCAGCACCAGUAGUCAUCACAGAGUUCGAUUACGAAGUAAUCUCUUUCACAUCGCUUUUCCUUGCCAUUCGCGUUUCUGGUUCGAACAAAGAGCUAGAAAUUUCCCAGUUGUUGGAACUCAGCAGCAGUCCGGGAGUUCCUCAAGCGAAACAUAUCAUUUCGACUGGAAACACCAUGCUGGAAAAACUUUCCUGGGACCGCGAAAUCCUUACGCCUAACGCAUUUCUCCACGAGUUUGUUGGGAUGCUUCUGAUCCAACAUGACGGAGAAAUAAACCCAAAUGAUUCUACAAGGCGGGAGAAAUUUUCACAAAUGGUUGACUUUGCUUUAUACCUCGUGGAGGUCUCUUUAUGUGACAUCUAUUUCAGCAAUAUUUCUUCCUCCGAGAUUGCUCUCGGUGCACUGGCUCUUGCUAUGAUAUGUAACCAAGAAAUGUUUCCCACUAGUUGUCAGAAUCAGACGUUCUUUUCUCGCUUCCUCCAAACGAUUUACCAACAUACCUCCAUGGACAUAAAUUCACCACACAUGAGUUCUGUCAUCUCCCGCCUAUUGCAUGUAUAUAAUCAAAGUCAAGAGGCGGCAUGUACGAGAUUUGGAAGCGAGUCUGAAGCGGGCAAACGUGAGGAAUCACAGAACAACCAUAAUGUACAUACAAACUCACCUCAUAUCAUUGCAGAUGAAGCAGAAAGGACAAGCGAUUCAACUGCAGCAAGCUCACCUUCCAACGUAGAAGCAGAGAUGAAUUUCGUCCUUGAAAGCAACAAUCCUCAUGUAAAUACGGAUACAACGAAACUGUUAAGGCCGGUUUCGCCAUUACUGCACAGCGUUCGCCGAUAAGCUGCUAAUCUGCAGUGGAGCGCAAGAAACGAUUGAAAAAAGAUACGAGACGACACUAAGACGUUACCACCUUCAAAUAUACACGCGUUUUCGAGCUUUCUUAUCAAGAAUUCUUUGCUGCUUUCAAUCUGAACACAUCCUGAAGUGAUCUCAAUGACGACGCGUACGCGCUUGCAGCAUCUAUCAUACCUGCGUCACUUGCUUUCCCUCAGAUUUUAUGGCAAACAAGCAUUUUUCCUCUCGACUUCAAUCUCUUCCGUUGACGCAUCAUCAUUCAACGAAAAUUUCGAUGAAGGAAGGAUUGCACAGAAACAUGAAGAAGAGGCUAAAGCGGUAUAAAUUAUUCACAUUCCAACUGUCCACAUGAAGAGCAAAUAAUUCAGACCAUACAAUGUAAUAUACAACAUGUGGACAUCAUGUCCUGAUCAUGUACAACAAACCAGAGACAAAUCACAAUUAUUCAAACUUAAAUGGCACGCCGGAAGCUGUACAGACAAUCUCAAUACUAGAAAACGGAGACGAAUGCUAACACAUAGACAUUAACCAGCAACCCGUAAAUUCUAACCCAUCAAUUCCCAAAAUGAUACCAUACAUAUCAACAUCCCUACAGUCUUCUUUUCAAGGUGCACUGAAUAAUAUCUCUUUUCUGCA